AUGUCGGAAUCUAAUUUUUGUAUAUUAUUAAAAAUUGUUUUUAUAAUUUUAUAUAAGUCUGGUAAAUAUUUGCAGGCUUGUAUACAGAAAGAACCGAUUGAUCGUCCAACAAUUGAUGAUAUUCUCAAAUUUCUGAAUGGGGAUAUUACUCAUUUUGAUUACGAGCCUCGUGAGAUGGAGAAAGAAACUGGAAAAAAGCCGAAAGAAGAAGAAAAAAGCAGUAAAGGUAAACGUCCUGAAAUUCGCGGCAAAGGUAAACAUAGUGGUGGGAAAAAGGAGAAGCAUCUAAAACUUGGUUAA